AGGGGUAUGAACUAGAAAGAAACGUCACUUCCUCUUAUAUGUGUCCACACUGGUACGUGGUUAAAAACAGCUAGGACGCCACGUACACGUUAUUCAAAGAUAGGUCUUUAUUAGAAAAGUCUUGCCAGAUCCCAGAUCUAUCGUAAUUUUAGCGUGUGACUUUUUGAAUUGCUAAAGGGAGCACCAUAUUUUCCUUUGGAACAAACAAGGGGUGGAGACAGAAGUUUCCAAAUCGAUCUGCAGAAGUUUACAGCAGCAAACUUCUAACACAAGCAAAAAUGAGUGAAAAAAACCAGCAACAGGAUGAGUUACCUGCAUACUUGAAAGAUGAUUCUCCAACAGAUAGCAACAAAGACCAUCCCCAACCCCAGCCUGGCAUGUUCUCUAGGGUAGCUGGUGGUCUGUUCAGUGUCACGAAAGGGGCCGUUGGGGCCACAGUGGGUGGAGUCGUCUGGGUUGGAGGGAAAGGCCUUGAUCUCACGAAAACUGCUGUUACCUCAGUUGCGUCUGUGCCAGGGAUGGGGGUGGGGCUUGUGAAGGGCAGCGUGUCUGCUGUGGCUGGUGGCGUGAGCGCCGUCGGCUCUGCCGUCGCCAGCAAAGUUCCCAUUGGCGGAGGCAAGAAGAAGGACAAGUCUGAUUGAAUCACAUGGCUCUGGGGUACAUUUGUCAGAAGUAUCUGCAUCGUGUCUUCUUUGACUCCUGAGUGAGUUGAUUGCGGAGUUCAUGCUUGCAUGUUCACGCUUACGAGCAUAUUUGGACCAUAUCCGUCUGCCUGACCGGACCAACAAAACGUCAUUCGUGAGCUGGGUGGCCUUCAUCUGCUCAAUGCAAGAACUUUUGUAUUUGUGUUCAAUUGGAAUAUGACAUUAAGUGUGUGUUUUAUUGAGAGUGAAACUGUUUAUCUCUGAACUAUGAAGUACUACAUUUCUGACCAGAGAUUGAUACGUGGUCCUCUAAAUGUUCCGUUUGUGCUUUACUGAACACACAAAGGCACAUGCUUUGUGUCUGUGACCAUACAUUCAAAAACAUCUCAUGUUUCAAAGAACGCACCUUACAGUUGAUUUGCUGCAAGCAGGUAGGAAUGAAGUUGAAGAUCAAUCAAGUGUCCCUCAAGGUGCUGUUGGGGGAAAAUCACUGACUGUGGGGUGCUGAUGGUGGCGUCCAUCCAUCUGAUCGAGUGUUUGUGAGAUUACUUACUUUGUGCCUCUGGGGUCCACGUUGAUCCAUGCUGUCCUCACACAAAUCCUGCGAUCUUGUGUCCCUUGAAAAACAGAGAAGUCAUGAAUCUGAAUGCUCAUAGUACUGUUUUUUUUUGGAAAACGUGUGAUAAUUCACAUCGAAACAUCUCUGUUUUGAUGACUAUUCCAAAACCCAGUGACCUUUUCUAUUUUCUUUUCUGUGUCAUUCUAUUAUUCACUGUCCUUUUGCUUCUUUGUUCUGUUUGCUCUUUUAGCUCUGUAAUGUUAUAUUUUUUUAUGGGCUAACAAAGAACCACAUGAGGUGGUAAAGUAUAAUACAGUAUUUUCUUCUAUAAAGUAUUUGUUUUACCUUUACCAAAGAUUAUGAAAAGGAAAAAAAGUUCAGUGUAUUUGAGGAUUUCUUUUUUUUUUAUGUCGAUAUGCAGUAAACUUUAUGGUAUUCAAUGUAAUCUCACUUCACUUUUUAGAUAGAUAGUUAUCAAAUAUAUAUUUAGUUUUUGUUGUUUGAUUUGAGGCAUUUAAUAUUUCAAUGUAAUGUGAAUUGAAAGGACUUAAAAUAAAAUAAAAAAGUAUCACAGA